UACUUCACAUCUACAGAGGAACCUCUUGGACUUAUUUGCAGGGAAGUGCUGACAGAGUGAAAAUGGAAACCUAUGAGGUAACUGUGUACUAUUCCGAAGAAUUGAUGUCCGGCACGUUGAACAAUAUCUACAUCGAGUUGAUAGGAAAAGAAGGAACCAGCGGAACAAAUUGGCUCCCAGGAAUUAAAUACUACUUAGGAAUGGGGUCUCAAUAUACCAUAACCUCAAAAAACUCCAUUGGAAAACUGUUGCUAAUCAAGAUACACAAGAAGCCUUUAGUUUAUUAUCAAGACAGCUGGUUUCCCAAAAAAAUAGAAGUCAAAGCUCCCGAUGGAAAACUCUACAUCUUCCCAAUGUGCACCUGGAUAACUGAUGAUCAGAUACACUACUUCAACGAGGGUCAAGCUUUAAAAGACUUAGAGGACUGCCCUCCUCGAAGCCAGGAGAUACGGUCUGAAGAACUGCAGAAACGACAAAAAGCAUACAGCUGGAAGGAAUCCGAAAAAGGAAUACCUGAACAUGUUGAAGCAAAAUCCGAAUCUCAGUUGCCUUUAGACGCCCAAUUCAUCUUAAGCAAGAGCAUGAUGUUCAAGCUAAAAGCAGCAUUAGGAAAAGUUUGGGCCGAUGGGUGGACCAAAUUUUCACGGAUGUUUAAUGCUGAUCAAUGGACUAAUUUUGAUCAACUCAAUAAACUGGUGGACUACAGCAGUUAUAAAAUCCUGGACAAAGUCAAAGAGAACUGGAGGAAGGAUGAAUUUUUUGGCUAUCAGUUUCUAAAUGGUCUCAAUCCAAUGUUGAUCAAAUGCAUCAAGGCCCUGCCUGACAACUUUCAUGUCACUGACGACAUGAUCUCCCAUUAUUGCAAUGGCAACUUGGACGACGAAAUAAAGAAAGGCAACAUAUUUCUGUGUGACUACAAGCUUUUGGAUGGAGUACAAACAGAAGAAAUCAAUAAAAAAAAGCAAUACCUGGCAGCUCCACUCGUCCUGCUCUAUAAAACACCUGAGGAUACGCUGGUGCCUAUUGCUAUUCAGCUGAAGCAGAAGCCAGCAGCAGACAACCCGAUCUUUCUCCCUAAUGACUCUCAGUAUGACUGGUUGUUGGCAAAAAUCUUUGUGAGAAGUGCAGAAUUUCAUUUGCAUCAGCUCAACUUUCACCUGCUGCGCACUCACCUGCUGGCUGAGGUCUUCGCAGUGUCCCUGCUGCGCAACUUGCCGAUGGUGCAUCCUCUGUACAAGCUUCUUAUAGCCCACACUCACUACACUCUGGGUGUUAAUGUCUUGGCUCGAAAUAACUUAAUUAAUUCGACUGGUGCCUUCACACAGAUUUCAGCUUCAGGUGAAAAGGGUACGCUCCAAAUCCUGAAGAGAUCCCUGUCAUCACUGACAUACAAAUCCCUCUGUAUACAUGAUGACAUUAAAGAGCGUGGGAUGGAGAACAUUCCAAACUUUUACUACAGAGAUGAUGGAUGCAGACUGUGGGACAUUUUACACAGCUUUGUCGAAGGAAUCCUGAAGCACUACUACAAGAAUGAAAAUGAUGUUAAACGAGAUGCUGAAGUGCAAGAGUGGAUAAGGGAAAUUAAUCACCGUGGAUUCAUGGGCCAGGAAAAAUCAGGAAUCCCACAGAGAUUCAACACUGUGUCUGAGUUGGUCAAGUUCGUCACUAUGGUGAUCUUCACUGGCUCGGUCCAGCAUUCUGCUGUGAACUCUGGACAGUAUGACUUUGGUGGCUGGAUGCCCAACCUGCCAACCACCAUGAAAUGUCCCCCACCAACAGAAAAGGGGAAAGCAACUGAGGACACAAUAAUCGCCGCACUACCAGACAAAUCCACAACAUAUAAAGCCAAUGCAACGUUGUAUUUGCUGACUCGGGAGUACAGUGACUUUGUCAAACUUGGUGAUUACCCAGAGGAACACUUCACUGAGGAGAAACCCCGCGAGCUGAUAAAGAAGUUCCAAGAUGACCUGAAAAAGCUGAGUAAAAAGAUCAAGAAGAGAAACAACAAACUCGAUCUGCCAUAUGAAUACCUGGAUCCAGAAAAGGUGGAAAACAGUGUGACCAUUUGAAAAUCAGAUGUUGAGACCUCCUUUAAAUUGGUCAAAUUCACCAAUUUACCAAUUCACAAAAACAA